AUGAGGUUCAGCUUCUUUUUCGGAACCUUCCUCGGCUGGGCCACUUGGACGGUUGCUGUCCCUCUCGAGCACACCAAGAGACAGAGUUGCGCGAAUGGCCCGACCGCGAGGAACUGCUGGGGUGACUUUAGCAUCGACGACGACGUGACUUAUACAUGGCCUGACACAGGCGUGACCCGCUCUUACUCGUUUGAUGUCGGCCUGGCAACCCUUGCGCCAGAUGGAGUCGAGAAAGUCAUGAUGGUUGUCAAUGGACAGUAUCCAGGACCUACCAUUGAAGCAAACUGGGGCGACAGCGUCCAAGUCGAAGUCUGCAACAACUUGUCCCAGAACGGGACCAGCAUUCACUUUCACGGCGUGCGUCAUUUGAACACCAACCAUGCCGAUGGUGCUGUCUCUCAGACCGAAUGCCCUAUUGCGCCAGGUGACUGCCACACCUACCGCUUCAAAGCCACCCAGCACGGCUCCAGCUGGUACCACUCCCACUAUUCGUUGCAAUAUGGCGAUGGGUUGCUUGGAGCCAUUGUGAUCCACGGGCCUACCACGGCCAACUGGGAUAUUGACCUCGGGCCUCUGCUCAUCACCGAUCACUAUCACGAAUCAGUCUUUGAUCUGGCAGACGAACCCCUGACCAGCCUCAUCGGCAUCCCCCCGGUUGCUGUGAAUGGUCUGAUGAAUGGCAAGAACGCGUACUUGACCGGCACCGGCAGCCGUGCUGAGUUCACCUUUACCCCUGGCAAGAAGCACCUUUUGCGCCUCGUCAACACCGGCUCAGAGAUGAUCUUUCGCUUCGCAGUCGACCAGCACCGCAUGACCGUGGUAGCCAUGGAUUUCAUCCCCAUCCAGCCUUUCGAAACCGAUACACUCCUCAUCGCCAUCGGCCAGCGCUACGAUGUCAUCAUCGAAGCCGACCAGUCUCCCGACGUUGCGUACUGGGCUCGAGGUGUUCCCAUGACGAGCUGUUUCGCCAUCAACCUCAUGUCAACCGAUAUUCGGGCCAUUGUCCGGUACGAAUCCGAUACCCCCGUCACAGGCGACCCAACAAGUACCUCGUGGUUGAUGCUCGACACUUGCGCGGACGAAGACCUCUCCAACUUGGUGCCUCAUAUUACUCAUUCGGUCGGCCCAUCUGCCCUCACUCAGAACUUUAACGCUGUGCUCCUCCCCAGCCAGGGCGACAACUACGCAGUGAGAUGGCGAGUAGGCGGUUCUGAGCCGUACCGCCCGCCCAAGAACAAUCCCGUUGUGAAGCAAGUUAUUGAUACCGCGGCUGUCAACCUCACAGCCGACUUCAAUCCCAUCGACCUGACGUCUUUGGCUCCCUCGUCAUGGGUGUAUCUCAUCGUCGAGUCACUUGCUCCACUGCCUCACCCUCUGCAUCUUCAUGGCCAUGACACGUAUGUUCUAGCCAGAGGAACAGGGCCGUAUGUGGAGCUCCUGACGAGCCUGGACCUUGAGAGUCCGCCGAGGAGGGACACGUUCAAUCUACCGCAGAGCGGGUAUGUGGUGUUGGCGUUCCAGACAGACAACCCGGGCAGUUGGUUACUCCACUGCCAUAUCCAGUGGCAUAUACAUCAGGGGUUUGCCCUCACUUUGGUGGAAGGGAGCCCUAGCUCGAUUCAGGGCGUCUAUGGAAGUGGCGAGGAUGCGGAGAUGAGAAGAGUUUGUCAAAACUGGGUUUCGAGCGGCCUGGAGACGACGGAUUGA